AUGACUCAAACAGCCCCCUUUCAUCGCCGCUCCCCUUCCUCUCCUCAUGUCUCCAAGUCCAAGUCUACUCGUCCAGCUUUACAUCGACGAGGGACAUCCGGUGCCAACGUCUCAAUCUCCAAACUGGGCUCGGGACAAAAGGGAGCGAGCAAACCACCGACGUCUACGGACGAUAUCGAAUUUGACAUGGCCAGUUUCUUGAACUUUUGUGCCAUGUGUGAGAACCAAAUUACCGUUCCCAACAACACUUUGUUAUAUUGUAGCGAAAGUUGCCGCCGCAAGGACUCCUGCAAACCACUCUCAGCAUCACUCCCAUCUAUGUCCUCAAUGUCUUCCAACACUACACCUCCCACAUCUCCCCCUCUCUCUCCGCGCACAAUCGUGGCCCCAUUGACCCCAACCAGGGUGCCAAGCCACUCCAUCCCUACCAUGCGGAUACCCAGCCACGUGCAUGAUGCCAAGUCAGAUCUCGACCCCACCGAAUGGAAGCCCGUAUUAACGCGCAACGCCUCAUCCCUGGCAUCCUCCGACGCAUGGAACUAUCUCUCCCAGUUCCACCGCGGCACCGGCGAGCCCAUGCUCUCCCGACCCACCGUCCAUCGCAGCAGCUCCAGCCUUCCCGCCCUGGCUGAAGGUGUGGCUCACAGCCACAGUCACGUGCCCAGCCUGACAAACACCCCGUCCACCGUGGCGUCGUCCUUCAGCAGCACCGCCUCCGACUACCUGGGUAGCAUCUACGAGGCUCGCCCGCUGCCCCCUCGUCACAAGCCGUACUUCUCCGGUACGAGCGUGACCAAGGGCGUUGAACUGGUCGUCCCACACAUCGCUUCUGCGCCUGAGGAUCUCGACCCCAUCGGUGUCUCGGACAGUGGCUCUAUUUUCCCUGCCAGCAGUGCUGUGUGGGAAGACAGCUCGUAUGAGAAACGCUCUGCUCCUAUUUGCAUGGCGCGGGGUGUUGGCGGCCGGCCCGUCGAAACUUGCGUGAAUAACUGA